ACAGUCGCCAUUUUGUAGUCUGCCUCGUUAGUUUACUGAAAAUUAAUAAAAUUAUCUCGCGUGUGAUUUCUUAAUAUUAUAUGGUUACAAUUAAGUAUGUCCAAAAGAAGGAUUGAAGUGAUGGAUCCUUUCAUCAAGAAAAAGAGAGAAGAAAAGGCAGCAGCCGCAGCGAGGUCUGGUGGCAGCGGAGAAUGUUCAGAUACCAUCGCUACACUGGCGAGUGCUCCCCCACCCACUGCUACGAGUACGCCGGGAAUAAACCCCUACACAGGUCUCCCGCAUUCGACGCGCUAUCACGAUCUCCUGCGACGCCGUCUCGGCCUUCCCGUGUGGGAAUACAAAAACGAUUUCAUGAGACUCCUCAACACACACCAAUGCGUUGUGCUCGUCGGUGAGACCGGCUCCGGCAAGACCACCCAAAUUCCACAAUGGUGCGUGGAGUUCUCCGCUGUGACUGCCGGAAAGUCGCACGGAGUCGCCUGCACGCAGCCCAGGAGAGUGGCCGCCAUGUCCGUUGCACAGAGAGUGGCCGAGGAAAUGGACGUGGCCUUGGGCCAGCAAGUUGGUUACAGCAUACGUUUCGAAGACUGCUCGGGGCCGCAGACAGUCUUGAAAUACAUGACGGAUGGUAUGUUGCUUCGUGAAGCUAUGUCCGAUCCAAUGCUGGAGCAAUACCGCGUGAUCCUGCUCGACGAGGCCCACGAGAGGACUCUAGCUACUGACAUCCUAAUGGGUGUGUUAAAAGAAGUGAUAAAACAACGCACGGACUUGAAACUGGUUAUUAUGUCUGCGACACUAGACGCGGGGAAAUUCCAACAGUAUUUCGACAACGCCCCCCUCAUGAAUGUGCCCGGCAGGACGCAUCCCGUUGAAAUAUUCUAUACGCCGCAGCCGGAGAAAGAUUAUUUGGAGGCGGCCAUACGUACUGUUGUACAAAUACACGUUUGCGAGGAUAUACCUGGCGACAUUCUACUAUUUCUGACCGGACAAGAAGAAAUUGAGGACGCGUGCAAAAGGAUUAAGCGCGAAAUUGACAAUUUGGGACCGGAUGUCGGAGAACUGAAGUGUAUACCUCUGUAUUCUACGUUGCCGCCGAACUUGCAACAACGUAUAUUCGAACCCGCACCUCCUAAUAAAGCCGACGGGGCGAUUGGGAGGAAGGUUGUCGUUUCCACAAACAUUGCGGAAACGUCACUGACAAUAGAUGGUGUAGUGUUCGUGAUAGACACUGGAUUUUCCAAGCAGAAAGUGUACAACCCAAGAAUUCGUGUAGAGUCUCUGCUAGUGUCUCCGAUAAGUAAGGCGUCUGCGCAGCAACGUGCGGGCAGGGCUGGCAGGACGCGGCCGGGGAAGUGCUUCAGGCUUUACACGGAGAAGGCAUACAAAAACGAGAUGCAAGAUAAUACGUAUCCGGAAAUUUUGAGAUCAAACUUAGGAUCUGUAGUUUUGCAGUUGAAAAAGCUGGGCAUCGAUGACCUGGUGCAUUUCGACUUCAUGGACCCCCCCGCGCCGGAGACCCUGAUGAGGGCGCUCGAGUUGCUCAACUACCUCGCCGCGCUGGAUGACGACGGCAACCUCACGGACCUGGGCGCGGUCAUGGCCGAAUUCCCCCUGGACCCCCAGCUGGCCAAGAUGCUGAUCGCCAGCUGCAACCAUAACUGCUCCAACGAGAUCCUCUCCAUCACGGCCAUGCUGUCGGUCCCGCAGUGCUUCGUGCGGCCGAACGAAGCGCGUAAGGCCGCCGACGAAGCGAAGAUGCGCUUCGCCCACAUCGAUGGCGACCAUCUGACGCUCCUCAACGUGUACCACGCAUUCAAACAGAACAUGGAGGACCCGCACUGGUGCUACGACAACUUCAUCAACUACCGCUCGCUCAAGUCCGGCGACAACGUACGCCAGCAGCUCAGCCGCAUCAUGGACAGAUUUAACCUAAAAAGGACCAGCACAGAGUUCACGAGCAAAGACUAUUAUAUUAAUAUUAGGAAAGCACUUGUCAAUGGAUUUUUUAUGCAGGUAGCACAUUUAGAACGAACCGGCCACUAUCUCACAGUGAAGGACAACCAGGUAGUCCAGCUUCAUCCCUCCACGUGCCUUGACCACAAGCCCGACUGGGUCAUCUACAACGAGUUUGUGCUCACCACCAAGAACUACAUAAGGACAGUCACGGACAUCAAACCUGAAUGGCUACUCCGGAUCGCCCCUCAAUACUACGAGCUGAACAACUUCCCGCAAUGCGAGGCGCGUCGUCAGCUGGAGCUUUUGCAGGCCCGCCUCGACUCCAAGGUCUACCAGGAGGGCUUCUAGUACCGUUGCUAGGUGGACCUUCCCGGGCACUCAGUGGGACAACUAGUGAACAGUGAACAGUGUGCAAUUGUGUUGAAUUUAAAUAGUGAUUUGUUUAACCGACUCCACGGCUAGCGUAGGCUGGAGACAAAAGUUAGAUCCCCUGAUUAUAUCCCCUGGCGAGGGAUAUAAUUUACGUGUCCAUCUGCAAGGCACGGCAACAGGGUAAAGGAGAAGUUUAUCCCCGUUUAUUAUUUCAUGUAUAUUAUUUGGAUAUUUGUCCAUAAUGGAGACUUGACAAUGCUGCGGGAGAAGAGACAAUUUUGGUCUUUUCCCGGGAAGAUAAACGUCUCCCGACCAUGCUAGCCGUGCUCGUGAUGGAUGUGUCCACUACCAUCAUCAGCUGUUCAAUAAGUCCAACUGGGCUGGGCGCAAGUUUUAAACCAGGGUAGGUUAAACUAUGAUAAUAGUAGUUAUUUUUUCUCGCAGUAGCUGACGCUAAUAAAUAGGCAAAACAAAAACCCACCCACCUUUGUUUUUAAACAGCUGCCAUAUGUCUGCGUACAUACUCAGCUAAACGAAUUGUAAUUUUAUAAUUCAAGGCCUAUCAAAAGCAUUUGUUACGAAACAAUAUGCCUAUCCUAAAAACUACCCCAUUUCCCCAGUUUACCUGAUCCACCCACCCCGCAAUGAUAUUCUGCUGUUGAUCCAUCACUCUGGAGGGCAUCCCAUCCCAUUAUAUCCACUGACAAGGGAUAAAAUUUACCCCUUCUCUAUUCUAGGAUCUCUUGUCUAGGACUGUUCUGGUCCAACGGCUAUCACACUUACAACAAACUUUUUCAAAUUCAAAUUCAAAAAUGUUUUAUUCAUGUAGACCUUAUUAGUACUGGUCAUGUGGACCUUAGUACUGGUAAGCUUGCAGUGACAUGCACAGGGUUUUUGACUAGGGUAUAAAGAAAGGAGAUGGCAUGAAAUGGAAAAACUCUUCUUCAUGAUACAUACAAAUAUUUUAGAGUAGCCAGUGCUUUUGUACUUGUAUGUACGUGACUUUGGUAAUUCUGGUGAUUUGUUUGUUGCAAUUUUAAACUUUAGGGAAACGCCUAACAUACAUCUCGAUACCCCUUCUACCAUAGAGAAUAGUUACUUUAUUCCACCAUAACUUUUUAUGGUCUACACAUCUUAUGUAUAGAGUAGACAUAUUCUUUUUCUUAUUUGUUUGAGUCUUGGUCUUGUUUUGGCAUGCUUGACAAUCUGUCUGCACACCUCUAUAACGGUUGCCUUUCUUAUGCAUUCAUGAGCCUCAAUAGCAGCCUGUAUUUGGUACGUGCUAUCCAUCCAUUGGAUCUGAGAUUGUCCGCUUAUCUUAUAUCUUCAAUAAGGCAGAUGCCAUUUUCAAAUAUGUAAAAUUAUGGUUAUUGCAGCUUAGUAAUGUUUUUAAUUGUCCAAGUUUACCCAGAAAGUUAUUUUUAGGGUCCGGAAAGUAAAGAUCGGUUUCAGAACAAGGGCUGUUUAAGGUUGGAAGUUUAAAAGUGCCUAAUAAUCUCUUAAUAUCCAUGCAAAUAUGUUUCUCAGGUGAAUUAUCUACAGAUCAAAAAUCAACCCAAUCUAACAAAAAAAUCAACCAAAUCAACCUAAAUCAAUUUGGAUUAACCAAAAAAAAAAAAUAAGUCACUAUUUUUUCAACAUAAAUCCAUUUUGUCUGGCAGACAAUUUGAACCUUACAAUAAUUUUUUUUAGAAAUAAAAAAAGCUUAAACGGUUAAGCACGAAUUUCAAAGAGUACUAAGUAUUUAAAAAAGCUAAGUAAUCAGAUGUAUUUACUUUAUGUGGAAUUUACGUUAUUUGGAUAUUGUUUCUGUGCGCCCGUACUCUUGAGUGUGGAUAAAACUGUGGAAUAAGAUAUUAAUUUUGUUGUUACUCGAUAUGGUUACAGAUAAUAAAUUAAACAAAAGUGUAAUUUUGUUGUCAAGUCAAAGGCAAGAAGCCUUUAUGAAAGCAGAAAACCUUAUAUGUUACUUGAAAUUGGAAUAAAUUAUUAUUCUA